AUCGCUCACACACACACACACACACACACACACACACACACACACACACACACACACACACACACACACACACACACACACACACACACACACACACACACACACACACACACACACACACACACACACACACACACACGCCCCCAUCCACGCGCAAUCGGUCUACUCGUUUCCCGCCGGCUGGACCUCCCGCAUGCCUGGGCCAGUGCGUGGAAACGAGACUAGCCUACUGUACCGCCAGCACUCGUGCAGCGAGGAAUUGCUUGCAGCGCAGACUAGACAGGGUACCAGUCUGGAAGGACGCCGCACGACGUGGACAAAACAGACCAUCGGUCGAUAUAUGUUCUCCCGCGUGGAUGGAUGGGCAGAGAGAGAAUACAACCCGAACCUGUGGUGCAGAACAGACUUUUCAGGAUACCUUUGAUUCAACGCAUUUUAUUGACGGUCUAUCCUCCCUGGUCCUGGAUCCAGAGCUCACUGCCUCCCCCUUGGCCCCAGACGACCCCCCCCCACAACCAGGCACCAUGACCCAGGAGGGGCAGGGACCACAGCAGACUGAACCCACUACACCCCCAGACAUCCAGGGGGUGACCCCAGCUCACCCUUCAGAGGAGUCAGCCACAGACCAAGAGCUGGAGGGGCUAUGUCUGGAGGUGAAGGUGGAGGGGAUAGAGGGGACCAAUGAGGAGGAAGGGGAGGGAAGUGUUACGGUAGAAGGGGAAGUACACGGAGAAAGAGAAGGUGGGGAAAGUGGAAAGAGAGAGGGUGAUGAGGUAGGUGAGGGAGUGGAACAAGUGAUGCAGGGAGAAGGAGAGGUGCAUGAAGAGAGAGAGAGUAUGGCAGAGACAAGUGAUGAAGAAGAUGGGCUGGGGGAUGAGAGGAUAGAUUCAGAGGAUGGUCAGACAGAUGGAGAACUAGAGAGAGUGGAGGAGGUAGAGAAGGAGGGGGAUAACAUGAACACAGAGGCCACAGAUGAGGCAGAACCAGCCUGCAAGCCCAGCUGUGAGGAGGAGGAGGAAGGAGAGGAGGAGGAGGAGGAGUUAACACCACCACCUGAGAACCAGGAAGAGGACCAGGACUUACCAGACCCACCGCAGUCUCUGGACAUAAUCAGGCUGGAGAACGGGAUAGGACCUGAGAACGGAAUCGAAGGGCAUGAGGAGGAGGAUGAUGAAGAGGAUGAAGAUGAGGUAGAAGGAUGCGGCUUAGUAGAGGUCAUUCAGGAACACCUGGACACGUUCAGCUCCACCUUCGAGUGUUCCGUAGAGCUGGCGGACACAGAGGUGGAGGAAGAGGAGGAGGAGGAGGGGGAUGGGGAUGGGAGAGGUAACCAGGACAGUUUCAGCUCUGUGUUUGAACGCAUUGUGGAGCAUGUUGUGGCCAUAGAGAGGGAGGAAGAGGAAGAUGAGGAAGAGGGGGAGGGCGAGAGGGAGAAGAACACGGUGGACAACAAGGACGGCUUCAGCUCGACGUUUGAGCGUAUCGUUGAGUCUGCGCUUCUCCGCGGGGGGACGUGCUACAGUAGUCUGGACUCUCUGGAUGUCCUGUCACUCACAGACGAGACAGACAGCUGCGUCAGCUUCGAGGCGCCACUCACCCCCCUUAUUCAGCAGAGGUCCUUCCUUCAGAGCCCUGAGCCACUGGAGCUAGAACUAGCCACCGUCAUGGAGCAGGAGGGGAGUGAGGCUGGAACCGAGGCCCAGCGAGGAGAGCCUGAGGCUGGGGAGAGUGCUGCAGGGCCUGGGCCUGGACCUGGAGGAAGCCCACUAAGGACCACCAUCACCGGGACGAGGUCAGAGUUUGUACUGAGCCAGCCUGGCCGGUGGGACAUCCCUAAUGGUUUUCAUACAGACACCCAGGGAGGAGUGGAGGUCUCUGGAGCCAUACCCAACUCAAUGAGUGAUGCCAACCUUCUCACGGGCGUGCUGUCGGACUCAGAGUCGGAGCUGGGCGGCCUGGAGCAGCUGGAGAGAAGCAGCACGGAAACCCUGGCCAACGGUUGCCGUGCCGACUGCGAUGCUGCCAAACGCCUGGCCAAGCGUCUGUUCUACCUGGAGGGCUUCAGACGCUGCGACGUGGCACGCCACCUGGGCAAGAAUAACGACUUCAGCCAGCUGGUGGCGUCAGAGUACCUCAGCUUCUUUGACUUCUCUGGCCUGUCAUUGGACAAGGCCCUGAGGAACUUCCUGAAAGCCUUUCCUCUGAUGGGUGAGACCCAGGAGAGAGAGAGAAUCCUGGUCCACUUCUCUAAGAGGUUCUGUGUCUGCAACCCCACAGCCCUCGCCCCCGAUGGCAAGGACAGAUCCAAACGGGAUGAUGAUGAUGAAGAAGAUGAUGACGGAGCCCAUACGUUAACCUGCGCCUUAAUGCUGCUCAACACUGAUCUACAUGGACACAACAUUGGGAAGAAGAUGUCUUGCCAGCAGUUCCUCAGUAAUCUGGAUGGCCUAAACGAUGGCAAGGACUUCCCUAAAGACCUGUUAAAGGUGCUGUAUAAUUCAAUAAAGAACGAGAAACUUGAAUGGGCAAUUGAGGAAGAGGAGUUCAGGAAGAGCCUAUCGGAGCUGGUGGAGGAGCAGUAUGAGGGAGGGGGGAAGAGGGGGGUUGCCAGGGUAACGGAUGGCAAUAACCCUUUCAUCGCCAUCCCCAUCCUACCCAACGCUGUCACCUAUAAACAUGGUGUCCUGUCCCGCAAGAGCCACGCAGACAUGGACGGCAAACGCACCCCACGAGGACGACGAGGCUGGAAGAAGUUCUAUGCUGUUCUAAAGGGGAUGAUCCUUUAUCUACAGAAGGAUGAGUAUAAGGCUGAUGCAGAGCUGUGUGAGGGGGACCUGAAAAACGCUGUGCGUAUCCACCAUGCGUUAGCCACCCGCGCUACAGACUACAGCAAGAGACCCAACGUCCUCAAACUAAAGACCUCUGACUGGAGAGUGUUCCUGCUGCAGGCACCGAGUGAAGAGGAGAUGAUGUCGUGGAUAUUCCGUAUUAACCUGGUAGCAGCUCUGUUCUCCGCCCCGGCCUUCCCUGCUGCCAUUGGCUCCAUGAAGGCGUUCUGUAGACCUCUACUGCCCUCCUCCUCUACCCGGCUAAACCAGGAGGAUCAGCUGCAGUCCCACGAGGGGAAGCUGAAGCAGAUGAGUGUGGAGGUGGAAGAGCACAGGAAGAACCCUCCCUCGCCUUCUCCCAAGAGCAGAGAGUGGGAGGAGUAUCGAAUCAAAGAGCACUACCUCAUAUAUGAGAAGAGUCGGUACGAGACGUAUAUCAACCUGCUCCAGGCCAAGAUGAGGGCAGAGACAGAUGACCUGGAGAAGAUAGAGGCUAGCGUGAUGAGCGGGAUUGGGGAGGGCCGAGGGGGGCGCGAGGGAUACCUCCGGAAGACCCAGUCCUCUCCUUCCAUCAGCCAGCACAAUGUCAAUAGCAGGGCCUCUGGACGCACUGGCCCGGGCCAGCAGAGUUGAGAGGAGAACCCCCUAAAAAAUAUAAUGCACCCCCCGUAACCCUGUCCUCUGAGCCAGAGGGCUCUCCCCUCCAAACGCCUGAGAACUGGACCCCCAAAUCCUCCCUCCUUCCUAUUUCAUUGCACAGUAAAGCGGUAAUAAUUGUUCCAGCUAUACAGUAUUAAUGGUGUUAUUUAACCAACAGCUAAUUGUCUCUGGCAGUGCUUAUAAGAACACUUAUAAUGGAGAACAUGAAGAUGUGGAAAAAAGAAUGAAAGAGGAGAGAGGACUUACCGGCAUAAAGGAAGUGUGGAGUGGAGUUUUUUCGUUUGAGGAGGUGGAUGGUGGAUUUCAGGGUGGAGGGGUACAGUAGCAUAGUAGUAGGGCGACAAGUAGCCUAGCAGUUAAGAGAUUUGGGCCAGUAACCGCUGUUUUGAAUCCCGAGCGGACUAGGUGAAAAAUCUGUUAAUGUGCCCUAGAGCAAGGCACUUAACCCACAAUUGCUCCUGUAAGUCGCUCUGCAUAAGAGCAUCUGCUAAAUGACUAAAAUGUCAAAUGUACACUACCAUUCAAAAGUUUGGGGUCACUUAGAAAUGUCCUUGUUUUUGAAAGAGAAGCUAAUUUUUUGUCCAUUAAAAUAACAUCAAAUUCAUCAGAAAUACAGUGUUGGCAUUUUUAACGUUGUAAAUAGCUAUUGUAGCUGGAAACAGAUUUUUUUAAUGGAAUAUCUACAUAGGCGUAUUCCAAUGGCACGUUGUGUUAGCUAAUCGCAGUUUAACAUUUUAAAAGGCAUUAGAAAACCCUUUUGCAAUUAUGUUAGCACAGCUGAAAACUGUUGUUCUGAUUAAAGAAGCAAUAAAACUGGCCGCCUUUAGACUAGUUGAGUAUCUGGAGCAUCAGCAUUUGUGGGUUCGAUUACAGGCUCAAAAUGACCAGAAACAAAGACCUUUCUUUGGAAACUCGUCAGUCUAUUCUUGUUCUGAGAAAUGAAGGCAAUUCCAUGCGAGAAAUUGCCAAGAAACUGAAGGUCUCGUACAACGCUGUGUACUAUUCCCUUCACAGAACAGCACAAACUGGCUCUAAUCAGUAGAAAGAGGAGUGGGAGGCCUCGGUGCACAACUCUCAACGUCAACAGUUAAGAGUUGCAAAGAAAAAGACAUAUCUCAGCCUGGCCAAUAAAAAUAAAAGAUUAAGAUGGGCAAAAGAACACAGACACUGGACAGAGGAAGAUUGGAAAAAAGUGUUAUGGACAGACGAAUCUAAGUUUGAAGUGUUCGGAUCACAAAGAAGAACAUUCGUGAGAUGCAGAAAAAUUGAAAAGAUGCUGGAGGAGUGCUUGACGCCAUCUGUCAAGCAUGGUGGAGGUAAUGUGAUGGUCUGGGGGUGCUUUGGUGGUGGUAAAGUGGGAGAUUUGUACAGGGGAAAAGCGAUCUUGAUGAAGGAAGACUUUCACUCCAUUUUGCAACGCCAUGCCAUACCCUGUGGGCGGCGCUUAAUUGGAGCCAAUUUCCUCCUACAACAGGACAAUGACCCAAAGAACAGCUCCAAACUAUGCAAUAAUUAUUUAGGGAAGAAGCAGUCAGCUGGUAUUCUGUCUAUAAUAGAGUGGCCGGCCAGCACGGUCAUUUGAUUUCAACCAUAUUGAGCUGUUGUAGGAGCAGCUUGACCGUAUGGUAUGUAAGAAGCGCCCAUCAAGCCAAUCCAAUUUGUGGGAGGUGCUUCAGGAAGUAUGGGGUGAAAUCUCUUCAGAUUAUCUCAACAAAUUGACAACUAGAAUGCCAAAGCUCUGCAAGGCUGUAAUUGCUGCAAAUGGAGGAUUCUUUGAUGAAAGCAAUGUUUGAAGGACACAAUUAUUUCAUUUAAAAAUCAUUGUUUAUAACCUUGUCAACGUCUUGACUAUAUUUCCUAUUCAUUUUGCAACUCAUUUCAUGUAUGUUUUCACGGACAACAAUGACAUUUCUAAGUGACCCCAAACCUUUGAAGUAACUCACACCUUAUAGUGAGCCUUCAACAGGUUACUAUGGACCAUAGAGCAUGGAGACUCUCCUCAGUGUAUCUGAACAGGCCUAUGUAACACACCUACUGUAUGGAAGCCUUAUGAUGAUGAACAACACUUACCCAGACUCUCAGAACUGUUAAGAUGAUCAACUCCUUGCUGUGUAGACUAUUAUUGAUAAGUAUGUAUUUCUUCUUCCACUUGAACAUGAGCUUCAUAUAUGUUAUCAGACUGAAUGAAAGCACUGUGGCAUGUUUUAUAACCCUUGUUCUAUGUUACUGUCUGGACACCUGUACUGCUGUUACUGAGUGGAUACCUGUACUGCUGUUACUGAGUGGAUACAUGUACUGCUGUUACUGAGUGGAUACCUGUACUGCUGUUACUGAGUGGAUACCUGUACUGCUGUUACUGAGUGGAUACCUGUACUGCUGUUACUGAGUGGAUACCUGUACUGCUGUUACUGAGUGGAUACCUGUACUGCUGUUACUGAGUGGAUACCUGUACUGCUGUUACUGAGUGGAUACCUGUACUGCUGUUACUGAGUGGAUACCUGUACUGCUGUUACUCUGAGUGGAUACCUGUACUGCUGUUACUGAGUGGAUACCUGUACUGCUGUUACUGAGUGGAUACAUGUACUGCUGUUACUGAGUGGAUACCUGUACUGCUGUUACUCUGAGUGGAAGCUGGGAUGGAGGACAUUGACAGAGUAUGAGCAGUAAUGUUGGUUUGUUGAAGAUUUUGAUUAAGUGCUUUGUGUGUGUGUGUGUGUGUGUGUGUGUGUGUGUGUGUGUGUGUGUGUGUGUGUGUGUGUGUGUGUGUGUGUGUGUGUGUGUGUGUGUGUGUGUGUGUGUGUGUGUGUGUGUGUGUGUGUGUGGUUGAGGGUUGGCCAGUGGACAUUGGGUUAAGGUUGAAAGGAAGCACGUCUAACAUUAAAGGAUCUGUGUUCUGUGUUGGAAUGCUUUGAUGCAGAAGAAGACGUCUCCCUGAGUUGGAGCGGGCUCAUCUUCCUGUCAUAUCAUCAUCAGGGUGCAGAUACUACAAUCAAAGACUGAAAGACAAAGCAGCAGAACAGGAAGUAGAGGAAGUGGCUGAGCAGAACAUAGCUGUACACGUGGUGUAGAAUCAUAUUCAUGUGGGAGACCAGAGAGAGGACACGAACCCAGCUCUGUCUCUCCAGAAAGGAACCAUGGAAAGAUGGAGGGAGGAAAGAGGGCUGUGGUUCUGCUGGACUACAUUGUUCUAAAUGAAAAAUUGAGACUCAUCCUCCUCUCUUUCUCCUUCCCCCUUUCCUGACGGGACUUCGGAUGGGAUAGUGUCCCCAAUUCAUAUGUCUUUCUCAACACUAAAGCGGUACGGAAUCUUUGCACGGUCAGAACAGACACAGAGGCUUUAUAGAUGCUGUGUUUUUGAUGAGACUGGAUCAGAGAUCCUUAGUUCUGUUGACUGAAGUGGAAUUUGGAAUCAGAACUGACAUUUGAUACAUUAUGUAUUUCUUACUCUGAGGACCGACCUUGUCACUUUGGCUGUUGUUCUAACUAACCAUUGUUUCCCCAGUGUUUUAGGGCAGAGCAGUGCUGUUGUAAUAUAGAAUUGUGAGAAGGUUUUUUACUUUGCUGGUCCUGUCUUAAAUAAAUAUUUUUUGUUGUUUUUUAUUUAAACAAAGGAA